UCUAUGCUCUCAGACCUUGCAGGCUCUCCGAAGUGGAUGACUAUUCUGCCCAUGCUGUGAGUAUUGGUAACACACACGUGUGCCUGGGCAGGAGUCACAGAUCCCCCCUGCUCUGAUUCUCCUGGUGCUGAGAUGGGCUGGCAUGUGCUACUGCCUGGCCUGCUCCUUUCCCUGCCUGUGGUAACAGGGUGGACCACUUCCAAAUGCCUACUGACUGAAGGCUCCCAGCUGCCCUUGGUCUCUCGCUACUUCUCCUUCUGCUCAGUGUCCCCAUUGUCCUUGCUUGCUGCAUGCAACUCAGUGAAGAAUCUGACAGAGACCUUGGCGGAUGUGCCUCAGACUGUGGAAGGGCUCUGCCUUGGCGGCACUGUAUCUUCUCUGCCUCCAGAUGCUUUCUCUGCUUUUCCUGGACUCAAGAUCCUGGGGCUGAAUCUGCAUCUCAGCCGACUCCAGCCGGGAGCUCUCCGAGGCUUGGGACAGUUGCAGAAACUCUCUUUCCUAGACCAUCCUUUUGGGAAGCAAUCCCUCUUUAUACCUCCUGAUGCCUUUGGUGACCUGAUUUCCCUCCAGAGACUCCAUAUCUCGGGCCCCUGCUUGGACAAGAAGGCAGGCAUCCAACUGCCUCACAGUCUGCAAUGGCUGGCUGUCGUGUUCAGUUGCCUUCAGGAUGUUGGGCAGCUGGCGGGCAUGUUUCCAGAUCUGGCGCAAGGUUCCUCCUCUUCCAGGGAUCCAUGGGCCCUGCAUAUGUUGGAUCUCUCAUUCAACCAGGGGCUGAAGAUGGCUAGUCCUGGGUCCCUCCAGGGUCUUCAGCUGGACACUCUGAAGCUGGACCAAACACCUCUGGAGGCAUCGAGAGUGAGGGCCCUGGGACUUCAGAAACUGGAUGUCCUGUCUGCAACAUUCACUGCUGUGACUGAACUGCCAGCCGAGGCUGUUGCCCACUUUGAGCUGCAGGAGCUGAAUGUGGGAAAAAACAAGAUAGGAUCUAUAUCUCAGGAGGCCCUGGCUUCCUGCCACAGCCUGAAGACCUUGAAUCUUCAAAGCACUGGACUGACUAAGCUGCCACCAGGGUUCUUGGCUGCCAUGCCUAGGCUUCAGAGACUGUACCUGGCUGGAAACCGACUGCAGAGCAAAACGCUGUGCAUGAAUGAGACUGGAGACGUGUCAGGGCUGAUGACUCUGGAUCUGGCAGCCAACGGGCUGGGUAGCCUGCCCCCAGCCACCUUCUCCUGUUUACCACACUUGCGGGAGCUGCUGCUUCAGGACAACCAGCUGCUUUCCCUGGAGGGGCAGCUAUUCCAGGGUCUACAGCAACUAGAGACCUUGAAUUUGGAUAAAAAUCCCCUGUUUAACCUGGGUAAGAACUGGUUGGCUGCUCUGCCUGCACUGACCACCCUUAGCCUGCUAGACACCCAAUUGCCACUGAGCCCAGACCUUGGCUUCUGGGGAGCAAAGAGCCUGCACAACUUGAGACUGAAGCUUCCCUCUGUCCCUGCUCCGGCAGUAUUGUCCCUGCCCAUGAAUCUGAUCAGCUUAGAGCUUCAAGCAGCCUCAGGCAUGAAGCAUUGGGGGUUAUCUCCAAAUGUCUUUCCUUCCUUGGAGACCUUGACUAUAAAAGGCAGGGGCCUGAAGCUGGAGGUCCAGAAUGCCUCUGAGGUCUUCCCCGCUCUUCAGCAACUUUCCCUGCUCCAGAAUAGCUUGGAGGCCUUCUGCUCACAGGACACCUCCAACAUUUUCCUCUGGCAGCUCCCCAAACUUCAGACCUUGAAGAUUUGGGGUGCUGGAAGCAAUUCCAGACCCUGCCUCAUCACUGGGCUGCCCAGCCUACAGGAGCUGAAGCUGGAGGCCCUUCAAUCCAUAAUACAGCCCCGUUCAGUACAUCUGGAGGAGCUGCUGGGUGAGCUUCCACAGCUCCGGGCCCUACAGCUGUCCGAUACAGGGCUCAGGUCACUGUCAGCUGCCGCUUUCCAGAAGCUGGGCAGACUCCAGGCCUUUGCACUAUACAAUGAGAAGGACUUGGUCCUGCAUGACAGUCUGAGGGAGUACAGCCCUCAGAUGCCCCAGUAUAUAUAUAUUCUGCAGUCGAACUUGGCUUGCCAGUGUGCCAAUGCAUGGAUGGAGCCAUGGGUUAAGCAGUCCACUAAAACCUACAUAUACAUACUAGGCAAUAAGUUAUGUCCAGCAGAAGAGGGGGGCCCUGGCAAGCAUACACUCUUCUCCUUUCUACGGGACCACUGUCCACAGUCUUUGGAGUUAAAACUCUUUUUAGCCAGCUCUUUUUUGGUGUUUCUGAUGAUUGCUUUGCCACUCCUCCAAGAAGCCAGGAGCUUAUGGAUCCCCUUCCUGAAGGCCUUGUUCAGGGUUUGGCUCCAGGGUUGGAGGGGUCAGGAAGAUGAAGGAAAGAGGUUCCUUUUUGAUGUAUUUGUGUCCCACUGCAGGCAAGACCAGGGCUGGGUAAUAGAGGAACUUCUGCCCGUUCUGGAAGGCUUCCUUCCAGCUGGUCCUGGCCUACGCCUCUGUCUCCCUGACCGAGACUUUGAGCCUGGCAAGGAUGUAGUUGAAAAUGUGGUGGACAGCAUGGUAAGCAGCCGUGUCAUAUUCUGUGUGCUGAGUGGCCAGGCCCUGUGUGACCCUCGCUGCCGCCUGGAGCUCCACUUGGCCACCUCUCUCUUCCUGGCUGCCCCCUUCCCCCCAGUGCUGCUGCUAGCCUUCCUAGAACCCAUUUCCCGACACCAGCUCCCUGGCUACCACAGGCUGGCUCGGUUGCUUCGGCGAGGAGACUACUGCUUGUGGCCCAAGGAAGAUGAAAAGAAGGCUGGCUUCUGGGCUUGGCUGAAGAGCAGGCUAGGGCAGCCAGGGUUAGAACAGGGUGGCGCGUGUGGAUUUUAG